AUGAAUCGCUCCCUCCCAAAUACCACCGCUGAAGCUUUCGGAUUCACUAUCCCUACCAGAUCCAGCUCGUUGCGGGAUCGUUCAAAGCACGCGUCGAAGCGUCAAGAGCAGUCCUCAAUAAACAAGUCGCGCGAUGAAGUUACACAGCGCAUGAGAAGUAUCUUCCUUGAAAGCUGGCAAUCAAGCAUUAAGAGUGGUACAUUGCUCGAAGAUUCUUCUCCCACAUCAAUGCAGACUCUCGAGCGUUCAACUCCCUCUUCAGCUUCCACGAUGUCUAGCAAUGCGCCACUUUCUCUUUACCAAACUCGUAACAAGCCAGCAGCUCCACCUGCAGACAAUCUGCUGCGGCAGGCCAGCCUAAGGAUAAAAACUUUUCGUGCCACCGAAGUUCCAGAUCCACGCGAUAGCCCUGACAUCAGCGCACAUCCUGCCAACAGUCUUCCUGAAACGCCUAUUGGUCAAAUAAUUGAGCCUCCUAUAACCCCACUGCUCAACACACAUCCAUUGAACAAAACUUCGAAGAGUCAAUGCGGCUACAAUUCAGAGCCCGGCACUAACCCAACAACCCCAGCCUCAUUUCGAGCCCCUUUCCCUUCGACGCAGAUUGAGGACACUACCAUUACCUCCAAUCAAGCCACGGCUGUGAUCAAAGAUACCAUACACUGUCACAUCGCCAAUAUGAUUCUAGAGCAGCUCACCCGCAAUAUAAAUAAUCAAGAUUUCCAAAAUCAUAUUCAGCCUAUUAAAGAGACGAUCUACGCGCCAGCGCAGCAUUUCGCAGCGGGGAUAGAGGGCAAGGUCACAAAGAUUCCGGAUGCCUUGGGUGAGACUUUGGAAAUGGUUAAAGAGAGGGAAGCAAAACCGACAAUCAAAAAUAUGGGCUGGGAAUAG